GCCGGCUCGGCAGCUCGAGGGGGCGGGCGCGGAGGGCGGCUCCUGCGGGCCCGGGGCGGGGCUUGGCGGUGCUUGUUUGUCUGCGGGGCCGCGGGGCCUCGGGCUGCGCGCUGCGCGGUGCGGAGAGGUGCGCUGGGGCCCGCGAUCGCCGCGAUGUCAGCGCAGUGCUGUGCGGGCCAGCUGGCCUGCUGCUGUGGGGCUGCUGGCUGCUCCCUCUGCUGCGGCUGCUGCCCCAAGAUCCGCCAGUCCCGGGGCACCCGGGGCAUGUACGCGCUCUACUUCAUCCUGGUCGUUGUCCUCUGCUGCGUCAUGAUGUCCGACACGGUGGCUCAUGCGAUGCGGGAGCACAUUCCUUUUUUUGAAGAUAUUUGUAAAGGCAUUAAAGCCGGCGACACCUGUGAGCAGCUGGUGGGUUAUUCUGCAGUGUAUAGAGUCUGUUUCGGAAUGUCCUGCUUCUUCUUCCUCUUCUUCCUCUUGACCCUGAACAUCAACAACAGCAAGAGUUGUAGAGCCCAUAUUCACAACGGCUUUUGGUUCUGUAAACUCCUGCUGUUGGGAGCCAUGUGCUCAGGCGCCUUCUUCAUUCCAGACCAGGAAACCUUUCUGAAUGCCUGGCGCUAUGUGGGUGCCAUUGGGGCCUUCAUCUUCAUCUGCAUCCAGCUUCUCCUCAUUGUGGAAUUUGCCCAUAAGUGGAACAAGAACUGGACUGCAGGCACGGCGAGCAACAGGCUAUGGUACGCCUCCCUGGCCCUGGUGACCCUCAUCAUGUACUCCGUCGCCACCGGGGGCCUGAUUUUCUUGGCAGUGUUUUAUACCCAGAAAGAUGGUUGCAUGGAGAACAAGAUUCUCUUGGGGAUAAAUGGAGGCCUGUGUCUGCUGAUUUCAAUGGUGGCCAUCUCACCCUGUGUCCAGAAUCGACAGCCACAUUCUGGAUUACUGCAGUCGGGUCUCAUAAGCUGCUAUGUGACAUACCUCACGUUCUCGGCUCUGUCCAGCAAACCUGUGGAAGUAGUUCUGGAUGAGCAUGGGAAGAACGUUACGAUCUGUGCGCCUCAUUUUGGUCAGGACCUGUACAGAGACAAAACCCUGGUGGCUGGACUGGGAACAACUCUCUUGGUUGGAUGCAUCUUGUAUUCCUGUCUGACAUCCACAACAAGGUCAAGUUCCGAUGCUCUGCAGGGCCGCUAUGCGGCUCCUGAACUGGAGAUUGCUCGGUGCUGUUUUUGCUUCGGUUCUGAUGGAGAGGAAACCGAAGAGCAGCGGAAUGUGAAAGAGGGGCCCCGGGUCAUUUACGAUGAGAAGAAAGGGACCGUCUAUAGCUAUGCCUACUUCCACGUCGUGUUCUCACUGGCUUCCCUCUACGUGAUGAUGACCGUCACCAACUGGUUCAACUAUGAAAGCGCCAACAUUGAGACCUUCUUCAGUGGAAGCUGGUCCAUCUUCUGGGUCAAGAUGGCCUCCUGCUGGAUAUGUGUCCUCAUGUACCUGUGGACGCUGGUGGCCCCUCUCUGCUGUCCCUCUCGGCAGUUCUCCGUGUGAGCAUCCAAGCCUUCUCCUCAGUUCAGCAGGCCUGCUGGCUGGAAGAACAUUCUUUGAGACUGUGCCCAGGAAUCUGAUCAUCGACUGGUUCUUUUUUUUUUUUUUUUUUUUUCUUUUUCUCUUCAAAAACUGGUAUGAGCAAGUCUGGAAAAGCUUUCAGAAAAAUGGGGGGGGAAAAACUUCUGAAUCAGCUUUUUUAACUCUGAAAUUCAAAAAGAAACUACUAGUGCGUUCCAAAAAGGAAAAAAAAAGUUAAUGUUCCCAGUGGAAGUGAUCAUGAGUGAUAAUAUCAUUUGUAUUUUUUUUUUUUUAUUACCUUAUACUAAAAACUGGGAUGGUGGCUAGACUUUUUUUUUGUCUCCUUCUAGAUGUUCUGACCAAAACAGAGCUUGAAGCACAUCUUACAACAGGGUUAAAUUUUCCCUUGUGUGAUCUAUCACUCUAACUCUAGGAAGAGAGAAGCGUUAGUAUGUUUGUAUCUCCUGACAGAAUGCAGAUCCCCUCACGCAUGUCGGCCACCCGGGAGCGGCGUUCUCUUGAGCCCAUCCUGCAGGAGCCCUGCUUCCACCCCCCACCCCCCCACCCCCCCACCCCCGGUAUUGAAAGGGUACAAGAGGAAGCACCUGCUUUUUACUCCACCCCUGUGCAGUUUCCUCCUACAGCUCCUGGGACGUUUUCCCUGUGAAAUUGUCACACUGGAAAUCACGGGCUCUGACCUCACCCUUCCAGAAGGUCCCCCCUUGUUUUCCUGGCUUUUGAAUCUUUUGUUAUAAUGUGAAAAAAACAAAAAAGCACAAUUCACCAUCACUGACUGUGUAAUCCCUCCCCCCAUCCCAUUAGCAUUACUUGACCCAUGUUAUUGCAGUACUUAUGACUUCCAUUUGCGGUGUCACUCUGUGCUUAUUGAAGGACGCACGUAGUGUCUUCCCUACCUGCUGAGUUGUUUCUUGAUGUGUUGUUUCUUGACUGAGGCCUAUCGUUCCCCUGCCCACAUACAAGCUCGUUUAUCUUCUGCUUUUGAAGUUGUGAAAGAAAAGGGGCUUUUGUUUUUUCAGAUGUGUGAUGUGAGCACAUUGUCAAUGCCCACUAUGGGAUUUCUGGAAUAGAUGGGUGGGUACGAGGACCAGAUAAAGCCCACUAUAUACGCUGUAGAAGUGACCAAAUACACGUAGAAUAAAAGGUGAGAGAAGGCUACGGUUAUUGUAGUCAGUAAAUAGCACACAUAGAAGUCCCCAAAGUAAUAGAAACUGGUAAAAUAGUAUUAAGGAGAUAUUUGACAUCAGAUAACUUGCCAAGAUGUCUGUUUUUUUCAGUGUUGGUGCUUGUUUCAGUCCUGGGUGAAUUUACUCAGUAGAAAGAGAUCCCAGCAAAGACAGGUAGAGACACCCCACUUCCUGUUUCAUGAAAGAUAGAAGACUAUUCUGAGAGCCUCAUGAGAAGGCCCAAGAAUGAAAAGACAUAAUCCUGCAUAUUUGGUGUGACCUGUUGUGUGGCUUGGGCAGAAACAGGGCCUACCUCAGGUGGGUCGCCAGCUGCCAAAAUGGCAGCACAGGAAAUUCAGUCUGAAUUCCUGCUCACUCCUUUCUCACGUCCCCAAGAAAGCAAAUACCAGGGAUGAGGUCUGCUAUGGAACUUGCCUUAUUUACAACAUUGUCCCUCGGUUUUAAAAGCCUCUCAUUAUGUAUGUGAGCCUUGUGUUGUAAAUGUUACUGAUGCUUAAUCUUCCAUUUUCAAAGAGCAGGAGUGCUUUGAAUUCUGGGAUUUAUAGCUCUGGAGUCACAAAAUAAACAGCCUGCACAUGCUGCCUCUAGUUAGGCAGGAGUGGGUGUGGGGGCUGGUAAAGCCUGUGCAGGUUGAGUGGAGUGGGCUUGUGUUUCUGGCCUCUUUCUGGCAGAGGACACUGCAGUGGCUGGACAGUGACACACAGCUCUGGGGAAGCUGAGAGUGCCUCAGAAUGACCGGAAGAUCAGUGAACCCGGGUGCAAUCGUUGACGAGUUUAAUUGUCUUUUCUUCCUGUUGGGAUACAGCUGGGUCUAGCUUUAGAACUGGCCCUUCAGGGAAAGUUAGAGUCAAGUGGACAAGAAACUGUAGUCCUUGGUACACCUGUCCAGGUCACUUCUCCCCAAUAGGAAGCAAUCUUGAAAAAAAAAAAAAAAUAGAACAUUGCUAAUGGCUGAGUCCCAGGAGUUUCCUUCUGUAGAUAAUCCAGCCCAGAUUUUUCAGCUCUUUAAAACUGGUUUUGGGGCCCGAAGUUCCUUUUUGGAAGCUGGUCUGAUUUGAGAUGAAAAGUUAUAGUCACUUUUGAUUUCUCUUCUCAGCCUAGUUUGAAGGAAUCUCAUCGGAAUGUAAAGGGAGAUGAAUGAACGCUGAGGACCUUGUAAGAAGUUGACGUUCACUACUGUUAAUUGUGGAUAAACCACACUCAGGUGAUGACUCAAUAUUUAAAUAGUUCAUCAACCUACUUUUUUUGUGUGUGUGCUAUUGUGACUUCAGAAACUGGAAAUAAUGUGCCAAUGGCUUUGAGUCACCAAAACUCACAGCUACCAUUUUUUAAAAUAGAUUUUUGCUCCCUACAACUUUUGUAAAUGAUUUUUAAAGUGCAUUCCCCAGAAACUGCUGGUCAGACCCCUUUAGGGAUGAAAGAGGAAUAUUUUCUUAAAAAAUAUAUAUGUGUAUAUUUCCUUUGUGCUUCUCACCCAGUAUGGAAAUUUUUCCCUCUCCAUUUAGAAUCAGAACACUCAAAGUGGGAGAAGGGAGUCUUGUGGAAGUAUUACUGUGUAUCUAAAUAUGUCACCUAACUGAAGACCCUAGAGGCCUUCUGUAAAAAGCCUUCAGAAGUUCUGCUUUGUCCUUGUUGGGUUGGGUUCUAUGAGAUUGCUUAGUUGGCUUCAUCCUGAUAGUUUUUGUUGGAAAUUCUCGAAGAGGGUUUCUUUGUCAGAGGUAUUUGAAGUUAAUUCAUAGAGUAGAUGGGUUAUGUGUACAUGAGCUGUUGGGAGGCGAGUCCUGGGCUUGGGGUUACUGUGUUUUUUUUUUUUUUUUUUUGGCGGGGGGGUCUUGGUGUCUUAACAGGAUUGGUCAGCCAGGGAGCUCCCAUCUGUGUUGCUUACCCCCAGCUCCUCAGCGGUUCCUUCACUGCAGAUAAUUGUGUAGUGCUCAUUCCUCUGCAGAGUAUCAUCUUCUGCCUUGUAAAGAUGUGUGUACUUAUUAAAUGUGUGCCGAAAGUUUACCACUAUUGGUGCUUCGUGUUACUCUGCAAAGGAGGAUUCUAGAACCUGUGUUUUAGCUGCCUGGGCUGUUUUUCCCUCCCUUUAUAGCUUCUCUAAAUAGCAGCUCAGUCUUGGUAUAUGUUCAUUGCACUACCCUUCUUGAAAAUGAAGGAAGGUUUAGCCCACAACUAGAAGUGGGACCUUGGGCUAAGACCCUGCUUCUCCAGAAAGAACACUGGGCCCUCCUUACUCAGGGACAGUGCGUUAGCCACUCGGCUUCCAGAAAUCUGUAAUUCGUCUAUAUGAGUCUUCUUAGUUUUCUACUAGAACUAACUCCCAAUGACUUUCUUAAGCCCACUGUUUUCCUGCCAUAUGUAGUCAAUUUUUAAUGCCCUCAAACAUUAUAAGCUAGUGUAUUUCAGAUAGCAGUGGGUUCUCUAAUGUUGGACCUACUCAACAAGACUGGAGAACUGUUUACCUAGGUCUUUAAAACCCCUGCUAGCCAUUCUUCCUUAGUAAAUCAUUUUGAAAGGAUGGGUGGUAUUUAACUUUACCAAAGAGAUGUUUUUAUCUUUUUUUUUUUUUUUUUGCUUUCAAAACAAAAUCCUACCAGUAAGAAAGCCUAAUUGGGGAAGGGUUGGUUAAAAACAUAAAUUUCCAAAUUUACUUCUCCAGAAGCAUAAUCAUAUUUAUGUGAGUGAAAUGAUGGAAGGAUUCUUUACAGUAGUCCUUUGGAGUAAAGGAUCCUGGGAAAUUCAGGUAAAAAAAGCUUGUGGCAGAUAUGUAAUAUAUGUUUUGAGAUAUUUAUAAGAAAUUAAGAUUGUCUUGUUGUCCUUUAUUAAAGAUUUAAGGUAUUUUUACUCGCAAAAAAAAAACUACAGAAAUUUUAUAGUUAUAACUUUGUUAAUUUUCUAAACUUUUAUGAAAUAAUUAGCUAUAGCCACAUUGUGUUCUUAUGUUUUUGCUAUAAAAGAAUUUGAAAAUGUAAACCUACUGUUUGAAGUUUCUAAUGGUCUCAGAUAUGCUUAGAGUUUCAGCAACUUUAAAAAUCAUUAAUAAAUAUUAUCCUUUAGUCACAGAAACAACUGUGGGUUUAUAUUUGGUUUUGGAUGCUAAUUUUGCUAUAAAGCCUUGGAAGUUGACCAGUCUUUUCCUAUGUAGGAAACUCAACCUGUUAACACUGUACUUUAAUAAAAUUGAAAACCAUG